CCUCACUCGAUGCAUGCAUGUCUUGCCGACCCGUCCGGCGAGCAAUGGAACAGCGCCCACCGAGAAAUUACACAUAUGAAGUGGAGUGUCUUCAUUUCUCCAGCAUGUCCCGCCGCGCCGCGCCGCGCAACUGCUAAGGCUUGUGGAGUCCAAUACAAAGCCGCUAGACUCACUGCAUUCGACCCGGAGCUGAUCCGGAGUGUACGGGACGGACGGAGUGGCUGAGCGAACGCGCAGAGUAGCUAAGGGAUUACUGUACAAGUGUCGAACGACGGCUCACCUGGAUUCUCUCGCUAUUCUGGGUUUCUCGUCAUCUCAGGCUUCUCGCUGUCUUGAGGCGUGGCAUGUGUAAAGACGAUGACGAUGGCUGGAGAUGGAGAUGGAGUGCGCGGAGACGCACCCCGCGCUGAGGACCGCGACCACGACGCGGACGAGCUGGCGAUAGAGGGCGCACAGCGUGCGAAUCAGGACGCGGAAAUCGCGGGCUCGUCACGACCGCCUACAGCGCAGAGAUCCAACAACGCGCCACAACAGGUCCGCUUUUCCACCGAUAUCGAACGACGUCAACCCACCUCCCACGGUCCUUCGAAUCGCUCGGCUUUUUCGCCAACGUCUCGCAACCGCGGAUACUCGCUGCGCAGCGCUUUGCUUCGAAGAAACGUACACGAUAAUACACAGCCCUCUGGGCAGAAUAUUGAGCUGGAUGAAGGAGUUGGAAGCACACAGGAUGGCGUGGGACAGCAGGAAAAUACCGUCUCGCCAAAGGGAGGGCCUACCGUCGUCACCACCACUCCCGAGUAUCUCGACUAUGCCGCGGGAGCUGCGGAUGUCUCAAAGGCACGCCUCGGCAAAGGCCCUAUCACCCUUCCAACCUACAACACAUGGCUUGACCGCAAAGGACCCUCCAAAACAGCAGACUUGAAAAAGAAGACUCGCGACCUCGCGGAACAAGCACGCAAGUUCAUAUUCAGAGUCAAGGACGUGCCACCCAGUAAAGACGGGCGACAUAUCUACCUAGAGCCAGCACGCACUAUGCCACUAAUCGAUGAGCGAACAACCCAACCAUACACCAGCAACUGGAUCAGAUCAACCCGCUAUUCUGCCUGGAACUUUGUUCCCCGCCAGCUCGUAGCACAGUUUUCGAAACUAGCCAACUUCUAUUUCCUUGUAAUUUCUAUUCUGCAGAUGAUACCCGGCCUUAGUACGACAGGUACUUACACCACUAUUGUCCCGUUGAUGUUUUUUGUUACGAUCUCCAUUGCGAAGGAAGGUUACGACGACCUCCGAAGAUAUCGACUUGAUAGGGCGGAGAAUAAUCGAGAGGCGCGCGUACUACGGGUGAGUUCGUUGCCCGAGGCCCAACGUGGGCCUACGAAACGCGGGAGCUCGGUUGACUCGUCGUCCGAGACGCUUACUUGGGAGGUGAUCAAGUGGCAGGACAUUAAUGUUGGGGAUAUAAUCAAACUAGAGCGCAACGAUGCUGCACCGGCUGAUCUUGCGCUUUUGCACUCAAGCGGAGAGAAUAGCGUGGCCUUUGUUGAGACCAUGGCACUGGACGGCGAGACCAACUUGAAGAGCAAGCAGACGACUGCUUCCAUAUCCAAGACCAUAUCACACCAGGAAGAUGUUCUGAGGACCGAUGCAGAGUUCGUCGUUGAAGACCCGAAUCGAGACUUGUACAGCUUCGAGGGUCGUGUUACAGUCGAUGGCAAGCAAGCGCCCCUGACCCUAAACGAGAUUAUCUUCCGAGGAAGCAUCCUCCGCAACACCCCGGAUGCUAUUGGCAUGGUCAUCUACUCUGGCGAAGAAUGUCGCAUCCGCAUGAAUGCCAACAAGAACCCGCGCAUCAAGGCCCCAUCUCUACAAGGCUUGGUGAACCGCAUCGUUCUUCUCAUCGUCGUCUUCGUUCUGGCACUCUCCAUCUUCAAUGCCGUUGCCUACAAGAUCUGGCAGAAGAAGGAAGACGACAUGUGGUAUCUUCAGGGUGCGUCGGUCGCCUUCUUCCCCAGCUUCACAGCCUUCAUCAUCAUGUUCAACACUAUGAUUCCGCUGUCGCUGUACGUCAGUUUGGAGAUCGUCAAGGUUGCGCAGAUGUUCUUCCUACACACCGAUAUCGACAUGUAUGACGAGAUUUCCGACACGCCUUGCGAGCCUAGAACAUCGACUAUCAACGAGGAGCUCGGCCAGAUUAGCUAUAUCUUCUCGGACAAGACGGGCACACUAACAGAUAACUCGAUGAAGUUUCGCAAGAUGAGCAUCGGGGGUGUGGCGUGGCUGCAUGAUGCUGACCUGCGUGUGGCUAAGAAGAGACAAACGACGCACAAAUCGAAGAAGAAGGGCAAGCAACCUGUCAAGACUAAGAAGAGUGUUCGCCCGGCGAAGGAUGUGUCUGCUGAGGAGGCCGCUACAUCUAUUCCUGGGGUCGACGGGCAGGCUGAUGUUGCAUCGACAUGGCAGUCUUCAGCAAGGCCUGGUAAAACCACACGCGAACUGCUCACCAGAGACAUGCUUCGCUAUGUGCAGCAAAAGCCUCACACACCUUUCUCGAAGAAAGCUCGCAUGUUUCUCCUCUCGCUCGCCCUGUGUCACACGUGUCUCCCGGAAAUUCAGGAAGACGGACAGACUCACUUCAUGGCUUCCUCCCCGGAUGAGCUCGCGCUCGUGCAGGCUGCACAGGACAUGGGGUUCCUUCUGAUCAACCGCGACGUCCACACCAUCACGCUCAAGAUCAUGCCCGCUUCAUCACAAAGCGAGCCGUACUUUGAAACGUACGAGAUUCUGGACGUGAUUGAGUUCUCGAGCAAGCGCAAGCGGAUGUCGAUUAUCUUGCGAUUUCCAGACGGCCGUAUCUGCGUCAUCUGCAAGGGCGCCGACUCGAUCGUGAUGCCGCGCCUCAAACUCGCUGCUCUCGCGAACAAGAAGAUGGUGGAGAUUGAGCGGAGGGCCAAUCAGCGCAAGAGCAUGGAAGUACAGCACGCUAUUGCACGGAUGAGCGAACAGUUCGACCGGAGGGGUAGCGUGGUAGGCCGGCCAAGCGGUGUUAGUGGGCGCAGGAGUUUGAACUUUGGUCAGGCUGCUCGUGCGAGUCUGAACUUGGGCCGGCCGUCCAUCGCUCGGAGUAGCUUUGGCGGACGGGGUUCGCGGUCUGUUAGGGAUGAUAUGGAUGGGUGGUUGCGUGAGCGCGAGAAUGAUUACGGGGCCCAGUCGGGCGAGGAUGAGACGCCGAUGUCGACGCCCAGGCAGUCGGGUCUUGAUCGGUUCUCCAUGGCGUUUUCGUCGGCGCGGUCUUCGAUGCAACUCGAAGAGAUGGAGAGCUUGGUUGAUGAGAAUGUCGCUGGUGAUGAGUCGGCGGUCAUUGAGCGUUGUCUUCAGCACAUCAACGAGUUCGCUACAGAGGGUCUGCGGACGCUGCUCUACGGAUACCGCUUCCUGAACGAAGACGAGUACCAAACGUGGAAGAAGGGGUAUCUCGAAGCGACCACCAGUCUCGUUGACCGCACGCGCUUGAUCGAAGAGGCAGGAGACAUGAUAGAACAAGGCCUAGAUCUAUGUGCCGCUACCGCCAUCGAAGACAAACUACAACAAGGCGUCCCCGAAGCAAUCGACAAGCUCCGCCGCGCGAAGAUAAAAAUGUGGAUGCUAACCGGCGACAAGCGCGAAACAGCAAUCAACAUCGGCUACUCCUGCCGCCUCAUAAAAGACUACUCCACCCUCACCGUCCUCGACCACGAAACAGGCCAAGUCGAGCAGGCCAUCGGCGCAUCCGUCCUAGCCAUCACCAACGGCACGGUAGCCCACUCCGUCAUCGUCGUCGACGGCCAGACUCUCGCGCAAAUCGACGACAACGAGGCACUACAAAUGCUGUUCUACGAGCUGGCCAUCCUCGCCGACUCGGUCAUAUGCUGUCGUGCGUCCCCUAGCCAGAAAGCAGCACUCGUCAAGGCGAUCCGCAAGCGCGUUAGGAAAAGCAUCACGCUUGCUAUUGGCGACGGCGCGAACGAUAUCGCUAUGAUCCAGGAGGCGCACGUCGGGAUUGGUAUCACGGGGAAAGAAGGACUGCAGGCCGCGCGCACAAGCGACUAUUCGAUCGCGCAGUUUAGGUUCCUGACGAAAUUGCUGCUCGUGCAUGGGCGGUGGAAUUAUAUCCGCACGUGCAAAUAUACGGUGGGCACGUUUUGGAAGGAAUUGCUCUUCUACCUAACCCAAGCCCUCUACCAGCGCUCAACAGGCUACACAGGGACCUCCUUCUACGAAUCCUGGUCCCUCGCCCUGUUCAACACGCUCUUCACCUCCCUCCCCGUAAUCUUCAUGGGCGUCUUCGAGCAAGACCUCGCCGCCUGCACGCUCCUCGCCGUCCCAGAACUCUACGCCAAAGGCCAGCGAAACGGCGGCUUCAACUUCGGCGUGUAUCUGGGCUGGAUGUUCAUGGCUGCCAGCGAGGCAAUGCUGGUUUACUUCGUGACGUGGAGUUUAUACGGCGGCGCAGCCGGCGUAAAAGAUGACGGCAUCUACGCCCUAGGCAGCGUGGCGUAUACGGCUGUCGUUGCGGUUGUGGUGUUGAAGAUGCAGUAUGGUCAUAGAAUCCCACACCAAAUCCCUAACAAACUGCCUCUCAGCAUUCAUAUCCUUCGGCGGCUGGCUCCUCUGGACACUCAUCCUCGCCCUGGCCUACAAGCCCGACGUCAAAAUAUACUACGUCCGCGGCGCGCUUACGCAUACUUUCGGCGCUGAUGCCGUGUGGUGGCUCACGCUGCUGCUUAUCGUGAUUGCGGUGCUGGUUGCGGAGGUGGGUGUUGUUACGGUAAGGAAGGCGCUUUUUGAGCGCGAGGAGGAUCUUUUUCAGGAGUUGGAGCGCGUGCCCGAGGUGAGGAGGAGGUUUGAGGAGGCGUGUUGGGG